AUGGGUAAUGAAAAAUCCAAAAUUAAAAACUCAUCUAAAGACGUAGAUACGUCCAUUGAAACUUAUUCAACGGUUCCUUCCGUCGCUGCCACUACUUCUAAUUCUACAGCAACAACAAGGUCUUACUUUCAUAGAGAAAAUCAUUUUGAAACUUACACAUAUGUUUGGUUGGAUCAAAAUGUUAACGAAAGAGACAAUACGAUAAAGACUCAGAAAAAGCUCAGAAAGCUCAUUAAUAAAUUAAAGAUUUUCAGUAAUUUCAAAGAAUGUGAAGAAUAUGUUCAGGCAGAUGGUGAACAUGAAAAAUUAAUUAUAGUUGUGAGUGGAAGCAGAAGUUAUGGUCGUGAGCUUGUUGUACGGCUUCAAAAUGUGUUACAAGUCAGAGCUAUUUAUAUGUACUGUACGAAUGAAGAAGCUAAUGAGCAAUGGUCACAAUCAUUCAAUAAAGUUACAAGAGUUUUUUCAAAUCUAGAUGAACUCUUGUGUCAGAUCAAACAAGAUCAAUGGGCUCGUGAAAGAACAGAUGAAGAUUCGCUUGCUAUCAACUUCUACAGUCCUAAUUCGAGCAAUCAUAGGAACUAUCAGGAAAAAAGAGACUCGCAAAAUGCAUCAUUUAUGUACUUUCUCAUAUUCAUCGAUAUCCUAUUGAAAAUGCCAACAAAUAAAGAAAAAGCAAAAAAGGAACUCCUUGAAGUUUGGUCUGCAGAAUGUCAUGGUAAUCACAGAGAGGAAAGAAUUAUCAAGCAAUUCUAUAGAACAUAUAAAUCUAAAAAAGCUAUCUACUGGUAUACUCGAGAAUCAUUUCUCUAUCGUAUUCUCAAUAAAGGGCUGAGAGAAGCUGAUUUAGAUAUUCUUUUUGGACUACGAUUCUUUCUUGUCGAUUUACACAAUCAAUUAAAAGAAGAACAUGACAAAUAUCUACGUUUAUUUGUUUCGUCAGAUCCUAUUCUACAAGUCUAUCGUGGCCAAGCUAUAGCUGUCGAAGAACUUAAUUUGAUUCGUGAAAAUCAAGGACAAUUGAUCUCAUUCAACAACUUUCUAUCAACCAGUACCAAUCAUAAUAUCGCGAUCUCUUUUGCUAAAAGUGCACCACUUGCAGAAGGAUUAACACGCAUAUUAUUCAAAUUUCAUAUUGAUACUCGUCUUCAAGGUGUUAAACCUUAUGCUGAUAUUUCGAAGCUCAGUGCUGUAUCAACUGAAGCUGAAAUUCUCGUAAUGAUAGGUUCAAUAUUUCGCAUAGAAGAUGUCAACUGUGAUCUAAGUGAACAGAUAUGGAUAGCUAAACUCAGUAUGUGCAGCGAAGAUGAUUAUGAACUAAAAAAAUUAAUGAUACAGAUGAACACAGAAACCGAAGCCGGAAUUACUUCAUUAGGUUGGUUGUUCUAUAAGCAAGGCGAUUAUGAAAAAGGAAAAGAAUUUUUUCAGCAACUGUUACUGGAAGAAUCGCUUUCUGACUUCGACAGAGCUAAUUGUUGUAGAGGACUUGGUUUAAUUGCGUGUCAAUUGAAACAAUAUGAUGAAGCAUUAAUAGAUUACAGUAAUGAACUUUCAUUAACGGUCAAACUUGGUCAGCAAACAGAAACAGGAAUAGCUUAUGCAGAAAUUGGUUCAGUGUACGCUCGAAAACGAGAAUUUAAUUUAGCUCUUGACUAUGAAGCAAAAGCACUAGAUAUUCUUCGUUCUUUAAAGCAUCCUAAAUUAUCUAGUGUCUAUCGUGUAAUCGCUGAUGUCUUCGAUGAAAUUCAUCGAUUUGACUUAGCUAUCGAGUAUUACGAAAAAGCAUUAUCAAUAGAUCGUCAUCAUCUUGAAGAAAAUCAUACAGUGUUUGGUAGCACAUAUUUACUUAUGGGAAUAACGUAUGCACACAUGGAAAAUCACUCGAAAGCACUUGAAUAUUUUAUGAAAGUUCAUUCAAUUUAUUCUAAAUCUCUUCCUCCAAAUCACCGAGAAAUCAUAUUUUUAGAACAGAAUAUUCAGCAAGCAAAGAUAGACUUACAAAAUCAAAAACUAAAUCAAGCUUGUUUGACUAAUGAUGACCCGCUCUGUCAGAGAUUUUAG